AUGGCCAUUGAACCAGAUAUUUUAUCAAAACUGCCUUUUUGGAAAAAAUUGAGAAGACAAAUAUUAUUAAAAGUAGUCCACGACAAUUUUUUUGAGUAUGACGAGUGUUUUGUGCCAACUAAUAUUGUCCAUUCUGCUCAAAAGAAGAAUAUUGCUGAUAUUCGUGAAGAGGAUCGUGAAACUGUCCUUUUUGACCAUUUUUUGAUCAACUGCAGACGAGGAAUGAAUACUCCAUUUAUUCAAUGUGUUCAAGCAGAAAACAAAAUUAUUUGGUUUUGGUCUGAUGAUUUUUUUAAAAAACAAAAUGCCAAUUUGUGUCGAUGGUUGGAUGAUUGUUUUAGAAUGGCUACAACUUUAUUUGAAUUACAAUUGAUUACUACACGUCUUCGAAAUGACAAAACUCGUGGUUACAUGAUCAACGUAUUCUGCUCCUUUGUCAUUCGUUUUCUUCGUAAAAAUGUUUUUGAUCCAUUGGAUGAAUUAUACAAAAUGGAAGGAAAGAAUUUGCUUACAUUACAGAAAUGUUGUAUGGAUUUACACGCAAAAUUUUUGAAGCCUCUCUUUAGGAUUGCAAAUCAAAUUGAAAAGGAGGACAUAAUUGGCGGAGAAUUUAUCAACUUUUUAUUUGAUCAAAAAUCCCUACACGAAAAUCGUUUUUUAACUUCCAUUUUGGAUGAUAUAAUUUCUUUGUCAAUUGAAAGAUAUUACCAAAUAAUUGUUGAAUGGGUAUCUUCAUGUACUUUAGCUUUAGAUGUUGGACAUGAAUUUUUUAUUUGGGAUUUGAGAAAACAAAAUGUGGUUGAUCGGUCUAGUUUUGAUGUAACGGGGAAAUUGGAUUGGUCGGAGUAAGUGUUUUUUUGAAAAUUUUUUUUAAUUUUCUGAAGGUCUGGAAAUAAAAUUUUUUGGCAUGUA